AUGCCGCUGCUGGACCCGGCUGAUGAGGUGAGGCGCAGCCCCGGCCCGGAGCGGCUCCUGCCGCCCGCGGCCAUCCCGGUCCCGAUCCCCGCCGCAGUGCCGCCCCGCUCCUCCGGCCCCGAGACCCACACUCCGCCCGCCGGGGGAGAGACGGCACCGCUCGGACCCCCAGCCGACACCGACAGGAGCCGAACCAGAAGCCCCGCUCCCAACCCCGGUCCCGCCUCCCCGCAGGGCCGGGAGCGGCCCCGCUUCGGCCCAGGGGCGACGGGCCGGGCCGCGAGCGAUGGUCCCGCCUCUCCUGAGGCACUGCCCUUUCCCAGGGAGGAACUCACCCUGGGGGCACAACCCCCUGAGCUGGCCCUCUGUGAAGCACCACAGCCACUCGCCCUGGGGUCCCUGCAGGGCUGGGGGGCUGCGCAGGGCCAGGAGUCCCAAUUCCUGUCCUCUCCAGACACAGGCAUGGCCACGCGCCUCCUGGCCGGCUGCACCACGGGGGCUGUGGCCGUGGCCUGCGCCCAGCCCACCGACGUGGUCAAGGUGCGCUUCCAGGCCUGCGGGGCCCUGCCGGACAGCGCCCGCCGCUACAGCGGCACCGUGGACGCCUAUCGCACCAUCGCCAGGGAGGAGGGCAUCCGCGGGCUCUGGAGAGGGACGCUGCCCAACAUCGCCCGCAAUGCCAUCAUCAACUGCGGGGAGCUCGUCACCUACGACCUGCUCAAGGACGCGCUGCUGCGGGCACAGCUCAUGACAGACAACGUCCCGUGCCACUUCGUGGCCGCCUUCGGCGCCGGGUUCUGUGCCACGGUGGUGGCGUCCCCGGUGGACGUGGUGAAGACGCGGUACAUGAACGCCAGCCCCGGGCAGUACCGCAACGCCCUGAGCUGCCUGCUGGCCCUGCUCAUGCAGGACGGCCCCGCCGGCCUCUACAAGGGCUUCGUCCCGUCCUUCCUGCGGCUGGGCUCCUGGAACGUGGUGAUGUUUGUGUCCUACGAGCAGCUGCAGCGCGUCAUGGUGCUGGCACGGCCGGCCCUGGCCUGAGCCCUCGGCGCCCCUCGCCGGCCCAGCGAGCCUCAGCAUCAAUUAUAUUAAUUGCCGAAGCGCCGGGGAGCAGCGAAGCCACACGCUCAGGGAGGGACCGGGGAGACGCAAGGGGGAAGGAUGUGUUCGAGGAGAAACGUGGGAGAACAGAGAUUUUCAGAGAAGAAUUUUAAGGGACAAAGGAAAAAAUGUUUGUUGGCUUUCCAGCCGGGAAGAGCAGCGCUUCCCGAGGGCAGUGGUGUGGGCAGGCGGGACCAAGCUGAGGGCCAGGGAAUUCCCAUUGUUCCUUACUGGCGCUUCAAAUAAACCGCCCCUAUGGGGUCUGAUCACA